AUGGUACUUUUGCAGUUGAAGUCUCCAGCUAUUAGUGUGUUUAAUCCUAAGUUAACUAUUGCAUCCAGGUCCUGGACUGAUGCCAUGAAUAUGACAGUAAAAGAACUGAAAAGACUGUCCAGAAAAGUAAAGACUAAUGAAACUGAUACUGAGACUGAGGCUAUGAAAAUAAAAGUUAAAAACGUGAACAAACAGUGCAGAAAAUUGAAUGCUGGUAUUGAGGAUUUGUUUAAACUGGGAAGUGAAAGGAUGGCAGUGAAACAACGGUCUGCUGUCAAAAGGAAGAAGAUGGAACCCUCUUCUGAUUCUGAAGAGGAAGAAUCUUCAUCAUCAGAAGAUGAUACGAAAGUCAAAAGGAAGAAGAUAGAACCCUCUUCUGAUUCUGAAGAGGAAGAAUCUUCAUCAUCAGAAGAUGAUACCAAAGUCAAAAGGAAGAAGAUGGAAACCUCUUCUGAUUCUGAAGAGGAAGAAUCUUCAUCAUCAAAAGAUGAUACCAAAGUCAAAAGGGAUCGAACAAAUAGUGUCAAUUACAUUACAUUAGAAUAUGCCAUCAAUGAAAGAACUGAUGCAGAUGUUAUUCGUUCUCAUGAAGAAACUGCUGAUGCCUCUGAGCAAGAUUUUACAAAUUCGUAGUAUCUGAAUUGUUAAUUUUAUUUAUUUCUGUUUUAGACUUACCA